AUGGCGCCUCGGGGCGGCUCUGGGCCCGAGGCGCUGUGGGCUGAGCCAGGACCCGCGGGCAUCUCCCCCGCCGCUGCGGGCCCGGCGGGGCUCUGCGCUCCGCUCCUCGGCGGAGGCCAGCAGGGGCCAGGCCGGGAGGUCCCGCGGGCCGCCCACUCUGCGGCAGCCUCCCCGCACACCCCGGGCCCGCCCCGCCCACGGCCCAGCCGCUCGGUCUCCGGUCUCCGGGCCCAGAUGCCGGCGCCAGCGGCCAAGGGGGCGCGACGCGGGGGCCCGCGGGGGCCCAGGGAAGGGACGUCCUCGGAGGAGCGCGCCAAGCGGCUGCCCGCGGCGAAGCCCCCCGGGCCGGGCGCGGCCCCGUCGCCGGAGGGGCGGGCGGCCGUGCCCCACCCGCGCGCCUGGGGGCGGCCCCUCGAGCUGCCCGCGGUGCGCCAGGACCUGCUGCUCGGCGUCCUCAAGGCGGCCGAGGCGCGAGGCCGGAUCCGCGCCCUGCGGCUGCGCUACAUCCGCCUGCGGGCCGAGGCCAUCUCGCUCCUCGUCCAGCAGCAGGAGUCCGCGCGCGCCGCCAUCCGGCUGGAGCUGUUCCUGCCGCCGCAGCUGAAGCCCACGCGGAUCCCCGACCCCCUGGACCGCCGGGAGAGGAGGCGCGUGGAGACCAUCCUGGAGGAGAAAGCCGAGGGCAGCAUCUUCCCACGCUGA